CGAGCAACGUCCAGCGACACAAGAGAUUUCCCUUAUCCUCUUCAUGGCGCUCCUCCUGCGCCCCUCCCCUCCGCCGCCGCCGCGGCCGAUCCCGCGGCGGAGCUCCGGCGGGAGGCCGCUGCCCUCCCACGCCGGAGCCUCAAACCCGACAUUUUCUGUCCCUGUACUAUCUGACCUGGUCGGAAGGCUUCCCUUUUCUGCGCAGUGUUCUAUAGCUCGAUGCUUCUUAUCAUCAACUGAUGUCACCCAUUCAACAAGUGAUGACAUCCAUAAACAUGGGCAUGGUCAUUUUCUAAUGAAGUCUACAUCUGACCUUCAGAAAGUGGCAUCUUCCUGCUUUUUGAAAGCAUGUAUUUUCAGUAGUUCUGUCAUGUUUGUUCUACCACCCAGUUGUUUCGCAGAACCGUGUGAGCCGGAGUACUCUCUACCUAACAUGCCUCUGCUUUUUGCGAUAGCCAUGAUUGGAGCUACCGUUGGAGGUCUUCUUGCAAGACAAAGGAGAGGGGAGCUUAAACGAUUGAAUGAUCAGCUACGUCAGAUAAAUGCAGCACUAAGAAGACAAGCCAAGAUUGAAUCUUAUGCUCCUGCUUUGAGCUAUGCACCAGUUGGUAGUAAGAUACCUGAAUCAGAAGUCAUUGUUGAUCCGCAGAAGGAGCGCUUAAUUUCAUAUCUGAGGGCUGGGAAGAACUACCUGAGAAAUCAAACCCCUGACAAGGCAUUUCCUGAGUUUAAGGCUGCCUUUGAUCUUGCACAAUCUAUGAGUGAUCACGUCGAAGAGAAGAAGGCAGCACGUGGAUUAGGAGCAUCGUUGCAGAGACAAGGCAAAUACAAGGAAGCUAUAAAGUACCACUCUUUGGUGCUGAACAUCUCUAAGGUGACCGGGGAGGACGCAGGCGUGACAGAAGCGUACGGGGCGAUUGCCGACUGCUACACCGAGCUUGGUGAGCUCGAGAAGGCAGGCAAGUUCUACGACAGGUACAUCGCAAGGCUGGAGAACGACUGAAACAAAAGGUCGUUCGUGCAAUCUGUGAAAUACUACUGCAGAGAGCCCAAGUAGACACUCGGUUCCCGGCUGUAAUUGAGGCCCGUGCCAUCUUUUAAGUUUGUUUGUACUAAAUAAUGUCGCACCGACCAUGUUGUGUAGCAUGUAGUUGUUUUGGUCGUGUACUAGGCUACUAGCUUAAAAUGCUCAAUAUAUCCUCUAGCUGUACGUACAGCCCGUCUGGUUUCGACCAAAAUUCUCUCUUGUUUCAAAUUUAACAAAAUCUCA